GAACCGUCACCAUUAACCUUUCUGACUCAGGCAAAGGCAUCACCUUUAACUACUCAGUUUAUAGAGUAUAUUGAUGAUCUUCCUGAGUAUCCAAAAACUGCACUAUGUGGAUAUACAUAUGUAGUUCCAUCACAUGGACUUUCAAAUACUGAAGUCAGCGCUCUAAUUAGUGAUUUUUUAAGCCAGUCUCUUCUAUCCCAUCAUCAUACCUUUGUUGAUGAAGACUUUUGGAAGCGUUUUCAAGACACACGCCAAAAUGUAGAGAUUUCGGAGACGGAUACUGCUAAACGGAACGCCUAUAGGUAA